AUGGAGUCGAACGCAGCCCCAACAAACUCUGUGGUGGAGACGCCAGACUUCUCCAGCGUGCGGACCUUCAUCCUGUUUGUGGGCUAUCCGCGUAGCGGGCACUCGCUCAUUGGCUCCAUCAUGGACGCGCACCCCAACAUCAUCAUUGCCCAUGAGUACGACGUGGUGGGCAAGCUGGAGAGCUACAUGAGCGACGACGGCCGGGAGCGCCUCUACAACGACCUGUUCCAGGACUCCAAGGCCAUGGCCUUCCGCGAGGGUGGCCGCCAGCACAACAACUACAACUACGCGGUCCCGGGCCAGUGGCAGGGCACCUAUCGCGACCGGCUGGAGAUCAUCGGUGACAAGAAGGGAGGCACCACCGCUGCCAUUCUCGCCAGGAAGCCUGAGGAGCUCAAUCGGGUGCGCGACCUCGUAAAAGUUCCCAUCAAGCUGAUCCACGUGAUCCGCAAUCCGUUCGACGCGAUGGCGACGCACACCAAGAGGAAGGGAGACACCUCAUCGGACUCUGAAUGGUUCCGCAAGUUCAUGCAGAGCGGUUUGGAGAGGCAUAGUUUGCUCACUGUAAUCGCCAAUGACGACAACCACAGGUUCGAGGCGCAGACCGCGACUGUGGGAGCGCUCAAGCAGAGGGCGAGCGAGUAUCCCAUGUUCGAUCUGAGAUCAGAUGAGGACAUGAUUACCGACCCGCAGGGCACGCUGAAGCGUCUCUUCGAUUUUCUGGAGGUGCCCCACACAGAUGAGUUCAUCGCGACCUGUGCGUCCAUCGUCUACGCGAAGCCACACAAGAGCAGGCACGAGUUCGAGUGGAGAGACGAGGAGAAGAAGCAAAUCGCGGACCUCAUCGCGAAGACCGAGUGGUUCAGUGGUUACUCCUUCGACAGCUAA